AUGUCUGCCGAACACCAGCAACCAGCGACACACUCGCCAGAAGAAAUUGAAGCAGAAGACCCAUCGAACCCCAGACUCCGCUCGCGAACCUCAACGACAACGACAACGGCCUCGACGAGCAACUCGAAAACAGACCAGCCGUCGGCCGCGCUCAACAAUAGCUCCUUGCCCUCACCCGUCAUCCCCCAGCCGAUCCCAAAACCUCAGAAAAGCUCUCGUGGUGGCACUCGCAAAUCUAACAAAUCGACCCGUCGCUCUAGCCUCAAUCAGAAGAAAGACACAAAGAAAAAAUCAGAAUCUACCCAUUCUCCUCCUACCCUUCCUAAUCCCCCUCAACCGCAGGAACCCAUCCCGGAAGACGAUGCUAACAUCACCCGCUGCGUCUGUGGAGAAGACAAUGAGGAAGCCAACGAUGUGAUCAUGUUUCAAUGCGACAAAUGCUCCGUUUGGCAACACGGACCGUGCGUUGGACUCUACGCUGAAUUCCCCGGCGACUACUUUUGCGAAAAAUGCCGACCUGAUCUCCACACGACUGGGCAAUACCAGAAAUCAACUAUCCAUCAACCAUCUCGUCGGUCGCCAUCGUUCACGUCCAGUUCGAGCCGAAGAGAGCGAGUGAAUCCAGAUGCAGCCUCUCUGGCGGCGUUUCUGACGGAUGCAGGGGUGAAGCCGGAAGACCAACUCUCGUUGGGCGGGUUUGCCUUGCCGACGUUUGCCCAGACCAGGAGACAGUCCAACAUGCUGGUCGAUGGCGUUGCGCCCCUCGUUCAGAAGAAACAAUCAGCCGUGGAUACCAGUAGCUCUGGGACCACUGAAUCCAUCCUCCCUAGUGCUCUCAAUGAUCCCCACAAGACUAAACGCAAAAGACCCUCGCUAGACCAGAUUGAGUCUCCUACUUUGCCAAGUGUCGAACCAACUGUUGAAGAUAAACUCAAACGCCCUCGGAUCAGUCCUGCCGCCGAGCUCCCCUCACCAGCCGCAUCAGUUUCAACGACCACCAGCAAGCUAUACAAUCCUCCGAGUGCGACCUCUCUAUUCUCUGGACCGAUCGGGAAGCACAAACGGGGCCGAAAGGUAGACGACACCGACGAGUCUGGCAAUACAGUUGUGACAAGUAACAAUAAGAGUAAGGCAGCUGGGGUUUUUGCCAAUCGGAACCCGGUCCCUGUUUCCACCUCAAGCACAGGCAAACGGGGCUCACCAACAAAACGAAGCAAAGAAGACGGGCGGCGGACGAAGCAGCAGCAGAUCACGGAACAGCAACAAGCGCAACAACAGCAACAGCAACGUCAACAGCAAGUAGAGGCGCUGCUUUCCGAGGGCUGGGGGCUUCCGGACCAUCUCUCGUAUCUGGACUAUCUCCUCCCUAGCCCGUUCCCUCAGCCAUUGGUCAUCGAAGGCCUUGGGGAUGGCCCACAAUCGAAGAUCUUUGAGACCCCCGCUAAGGUCAAGUUCCCCUCCAAACGUACAACAAUCGCCGACCUCCGUAAACGCUCCAAACAUCUUGUCGAUUAUCUUCAAAAAGUUCAGAUUGAAUCGUCGGAUCGAGAGAAACGUAACGAACUUAUCGCUAAAAGUCUCAGCUCUAAGCUCAGCCAACCUCCUGCAGACAACAGCAAUAAUCCGCAGGAUCAGAGUCAUCACAACCCUCCUCCUGUUGAUUCUUUUGCUACCGUUCAAUCCGUUGUCAGCCCCAAAACUCUGGAAAUCAUUGACGAUCUGUCUAGACAAUUGUAUCAUUGGCAAGAGAAAUUCAAGCAAAAUUAG